AUGGCCUCCCAAGCCAACGAGAUCAGCGACUCUGCUCGGUGGCUUCUAGUCUCUCGCCGCGACCUCUCCGCUAACUCAUCCUUCUUCUACGGCGUCAAGUCGACCCAGAUCUUUUGCCGGCCGACCUGCCCUGGUCGCGUCGCUCGACGGGGCAACGUCAUCUUCUUCAACGACCUGCAGCAUGCCUCGCAAUCCGGGUACCGGCCAUGCAAGCGGUGCGAGCCGUGCAAUGAUAGCUGGAGCAGGGACAAUAGCGGCCGCAGGAUUGCACACCGCGCACAUGCCAUGAUUGUGGCCGCGGAAGCCGACAAUGUCCAGUGGACCGUGGAGAGCAUGGCCCGGAAACUGGGUAUCACCAGCGCGCACCUUCACCGGCAGUUCAAAAAGUGUUUUCUAAUGACCCCGAAGGCCUUUGCUGCAUCUCUUGGCGCUCCGGAAGGAGGCUCAGCGGGGCAUAUGAGGCUCGAUGGUGAAGCUUUGUGCUCGGACUACAUGCUACCAGAGACAACUACUGAUCUGGAAGACCUCUAUGCUGUGGAUAACUUCGCACACAACUUCACGAGUUGGUUUGCGGAUGACAUGGACUCGCUCACGUCCAUGGAUCUUGCUGCAGACCUAGGAUCAUGA